CGUUUAACAGAGCUGUAGAGUGUAGAACUCAUCGCCUAAGCUGAAGCGACAACCUAGGGAGAAGAGGGUUGUUUGGUUGGUGGCUGCCUCUUCACGCCCUCGACGAGUCCGUCACUAUUACUAAAAAGCCUUUACCUACCUAACCUUCUCCGAUAUACUUGCACUCCAUUACUGAAAACCUUUCUCCUUCAAUCUUGAUUUUCUGAUUCUUCAGUAUCAUCGUUUUGUUGCCAUGGAAGUCGCUGCCGCUCAAGCUCUGUCCCGGAUAGGACUCGCGGGUCUGGCCGUGAUGGGUCAGAACUUGGCCUUGAACGUCGCCGAGAAAGGCUUCCCAAUUUCGGUGUACAACAGGACGACUUCCAAGGUGGACGAGACGGUGGAGCGGGCUCAGAGAGAGGGCCAGCUUCCUUUAGUUGGGCAGUACAAUCCCCGCGAUUUCGUCCUGUCAAUUCAGCGCCCGAGAUCUGUUAUCAUCCUCGUCAAGGCGGGGGCUCCCGUUGACCAAACCAUCGCCGCCUUAUCGGAGCACAUGGAGCCCGGCGACACCAUCAUCGACGGCGGCAACGAGUGGUACGAGAACACCGAGCGCCGCAUCUCCGAGGCCUCCGCCAAGGGUUUGCUGUAUCUCGGCAUGGGCGUUUCCGGCGGCGAGGAUGGAGCUCGGUACGGCCCUUCCCUCAUGCCCGGGGGGUCCCACCAGGCCUACCUCAACGUCCAGGACAUCCUCAACAAGGUCGCCGCCCAGGUGGAGGACGGCCCCUGCGUCACCUACAUCGGCGAGGGCGGGUCGGGUAAUUUCGUCAAAAUGGUCCACAAUGGGAUCGAGUACGGCGAUAUGCAGCUCAUAUCCGAGGCCUAUGAUGUCCUCAAGAACGUCGGCGGGUUAACGAACCCCGAAUUAGCUGACAUUUUCGCAGACUGGAACCGGGGAGAGCUCGAGAGCUUCUUGAUCGAGAUCACCGCCGACAUUUUCAAUGUAAAAGACGAAGAAACUGGAAAUGGAGAGCUCGUGGAUAAGAUUCUGGAUAAAACCGGGAUGAAAGGGACCGGAAAAUGGACGGUCCAGCAAGCUGCGGAGCUCUCUAUUGCAGCCCCAACAAUAGCCGCCUCUCUGGACAGCCGAUAUAUGAGUGGCUUAAAGGGGGAGCGAGAGGAGGCCGCCGAAAUUUUCAAGAAAGAAGGGCUAAAAGAGGAUUUGAGUUUCAUCAAUGGCAGUGGGGUUGAUAAGAAGAGACUAAUAGAUGAUGUUAGGCAGGCAUUGUACGCCUCCAAGAUUUGUAGUUAUGCUCAGGGAAUGAAUUUGCUGAGAGCAAAGAGCUUCGAAAAGGGAUGGAAUUUGAACCUAGGCGAGCUAGCUAGGAUUUGGAAAGGCGGGUGUAUCAUUAGGGCUGUAUUCUUGGACAGGAUCAAGAAGGCAUACCAGAGAAACUCCGGGUUGCCAAACCUAAUGGUCGACCCCGAGUUCGCCAGGGAAAUGGUGCAGAGGCAGGCGGCAUGGAGGAGAGUGGUGGGACUGGCUAUCCAGCACGGGAUUAGCGUGCCUGGGAUGUCAGCAAGCUUGCAGUAUUUUGACACGUACAGGCGUUCGAGGCUUCCUGCCAACCUCGUCCAGGCUCAGAGGGACUAUUUCGGGGCUCACACUUAUGAGAGGACUGAUCGCCCGGGAGCAUUCCAUACUGAGUGGUCGAAGCUUGCUCGUAAGGCUCGGGUUUAAUGCAGCUGCCCCGAAUUACAUUUGGUAUCGUUUACCCAUUUCCAUCCAUUAUUGCACUACAUUGUGUUAUUGCAGAGACUUUAGGGUGUCUCUUGUUGAGAACUUUAUUCCUUAGCUUUUGUCGUUUUAGUUUUGCAGUCAAUAAAUUGAGCAAUGCCCUUUUAAUGUGAUAGAUAUAGGGGUUUUGAUGAUUGAAGAACUAUAUAUUUCAUUCCAGAGAGCUC